AUGGUGUUUAGUUCAGGAGCAAAAAAAGAAGUAGAACAGUUACCUGAAGCUGUUCAAGCACGGAUUAAAAAUACUGUGAGAUAUGCAAAGAUCUGGUAAGCAUAGUUUUAGAAUAGUUUGAUGAAGUCAUGUGCUCAAUUUAACACUGAAUGGGCUAUUACAUUUAAUAUCCGUACCCCCCCUGUCGAGGACCUCAUUUUCCAAGGGGGAAAUUAGUAAUUUUUUCCAGAGGGGUAAUUGGGAAAAAUGGAAGAAAAAUGCUCUUUCCAGAGGGGUUAAAAAGCAAAAAAAGCACUUCCAGAGGGGGUUCAAGUCUCUUCCAGAGGGGUCAAUUACACAUAUUUUUUUGCAUUCCAGAGGGGUAAAAAUCCCCAAAAGCAGAGGUCCUCGACAGGGGGGGUUUUGGUUUUUUAAUGUAAUAGCUCAAUGACAGUAUUACGCUUCGGAUACACGAGCAAUAUUUUUGCUGCGAUGGGUCAUAACAGCAUUGCGUUGCCGUCGCACAAGGUGGCUACACCUGCAAUAUUUCACCUGCAAUAUAUGUCUUCAUAACGCUUUUCAUUGAGGGUCCACAAUAGGUUUUUCGGGAUGCGGGAAUUACGUUAUUUUUUGAUCGGGAAGCGGGAUAUUAAAAAAAUAUGAUGCGAGAUUCGGGAAUAAAAUUUCUUGCGGGAUGCGGGAUUUUCGCAAUUUGUGCCUCGGGAUUCGAGAUAUGAAAUCUUUGUAAGACGGGAUACGGAAUUUAAAAUACGCUCUUUGACGAAUUUGAAGAGUUUUUGAAUCUGAAAAGAUUCAAUAAAAAAUACUCCAUUCACGUCUAAUUGCAUUUUGAAAUUUGGCGAUAUUACCGGAAGUGACCAUCCCUGUCCAUAGUAGAAUAUAAGGAGGGAUUCAGCAUCACACUGUGUGAAUGCCGCGGUCUAAGAAAGAGAGUACAGUUGAAUGUUUUGCUGGAAACUGUGGCAAAGCUGGAAACCGAGACGGCGUUGUGAGCGCGAAAGAGUUUUAUCCCAUAGGAUUUUGUGUUGAGUUUAGUCACGUUUACGUUUGCGUGUGCGAUGCGCAGACAGCUGCAUCAAAUUCGUCACAACCUUUCAAAGGACAGCAGAUUUUCUAACGGCGAUCGGUAAAAUCUAUGCAGCGUUUUUUGUCCAUGAGGAGCACCAUGCUUUUACAACAUUGGGCGAAUCCUUAGAUCAUUUGCGUGAGAACGAGACGUCAAUCAGACAGAAUGUGUCACUAAGACUUCCAAAAACCCAGAAUGGUCCUCAAGGUAACGUGGCAGCAAAGACAAUUGGCUCAGUUGAUGUAUGCUCAAACAAGGCUUGGUACGACUGAACGAAAUAUCUACCGAGUUCGGCUACAAGUCUCUAAUCCUUCUUAGCUGCAUGGCAUUGGAUGUGGAAAAUUUCCAUUCAGUGGUGCAUCCCAAGGCCCCUUUGUGCACUGUUUGUCCACCAAUAUGCCAAGAAUUUUGGGAAUGCUGUUAAGGAAAGCCUAAAGUGAACCAAUCACUGGGCCGCUUUCUACUAUACGAAUCUCAAAUCCUGGUACCCAGUUCCUGAAAGAACGUCACGCCUACAGCAAUUCCACUUACGGAGGCACAGCAGUCGACCACCAUUUCUCUCUAAGACGCCAAAACUAUGAAAGAAUGGGCAGACGCAUAUGUAGCAUCUGUGCGACAGCGCACCGUGAGGCAGGAGACCCCAAUGUGCAGGGUAGGGGCACUCCCAGAUUGCCUGUACCAACGUCAAGUGCAACCAGAGGAAGCCUGUCGUAAUUGACAGCCUCGGGAAGGAUUCAGAGGCAAAAAAACAGGAAGAGAGAGUCGAGGAAGAGGAGAAAAUUGGAGGCGUAAAAGUUGAUCAGUACGAUACAAGAAGCGAUGAAGACGGCAACGAUGAAGUCCAAGAAGAGGUAGAAGAGGAGCGUAAGAAUAGUGUUGGAACUUUGGAGCUAGAGGCCAAUUUUCUUCUCGGAAUUACUGUCUCUCGAUUUGGAAGGGCUAUCAGAUUUAAUAAUUGA